AUGGACUCCCUCAUCCCCCAGAUUCGCAACCUCUACGCCCAAGCCGACGAGCCAACCCGCCAAAAGAUGCAGACUGACCUCCGCGAUCUCCAGGCUUCUUUCGACGACGACUGGGACCUCGUAGUCCGUAUAUCGUCCGGGUCCCUGCAGAUGCCCCUUGUAAAAGUCGGCACUGACUUGUCUCUUUUCACCCUCCUCUCCUCUUCCGAGGAAGCCCUAUCCCUGUCCACCCUGUCAACCAGUACAUCCGCAGCCCCCAAAAUGCUCUCGCAUCUGCUUCGCGCAAUGGCAGCUUUCGGCCUUAUCGACGAGUUAUCAGUCGACACUUUCGCCGCAAACAGGACCACGCAUACGCUAGCUAACGUCCACGUUUCAGGUGCGAUAGCACACGGGUACGACAUCCAUCUGCCCACCGCAUACGCGUUUCCGUCUUGGUUGGCAGAGAAUAAGUACCAGGAUAUCUCUAGUAACAAGAAUCUGCCAUUUCAUAAGGCGCUGAAGACGGAUUUGACGCCGUUUGAGUGGAUGGCACAGCGUCCUGAGCAGAUGGCAUCGCUUGGGCAUGCGAUGGCGAUACAGCGGGAAGGCCACUGGUUGGACUCGUAUCCUGUCAUGAAUGCUAUAGGCGACUUCAAAGCUUCUGCCGAAUCGGCUGUGCUCGUUGACAUCGGUGGCGGCUUUGGGCAGCAAGCGUCCGCAUUCAAGAAGAAGUUUUUCGAUGUAGAGGGCAGGAUCGUGGUACAAGACAUCGCAUCGACGCUUAGCAGCGCGCCAAAAGUCGAAGGACUGGAGUUCCAAGAGCACGACUUCUUCAAGGAACAGCCGAUCAAGGGGGCGAAGUUUUACUACUUAAGACAUAUUCUACAUGACUGGACGGAAGAGGACAGCAUCCGAAUACUGAAAGCAGUAGUUCCAGCAUUGGGACCUGAGUCGCUCCUUGUAAUUGAUGAGGUCGUGUUGCCGGACGAAAAGCUGCCAUGGCAGGCUGCAUAUAUGGACCUCACGAUGAUGGCAUCGUUGGGUGGUGUUGAGCGGACAAAGAAAGAAUUCGAGAUGUUGCUAGAGGCAGCUGGUCUGCAGAUUCUCGAGGUCCAUCGCUACGAUGCCAAGAUGCAGAGCGUCAUUAUCGCAGCGCCGAAAUAG